AUGUGGCGCAAGCUCGGCGGCGGCGACCUGGAGCCGGUCCUCGCGAGCGGCGCCGUCGCCCUCCUCGACGCGCAGUGGAUCAUCCGCCACGCCGAGGCGGGCGGCGUCCUCUCCCACCGCCAGGCGCUGCCUGAAGAGGCCUUCCUCUCUUUCGCCGAUCUCGUCGAGGCGACCGACGAGUAUGACCUUGCCGUCGCCGCGCUCUCCUACCCGUGGCUGACCAAGGACCACCCCGACCCGCGCGGAGCCAACCUCGCCCGCGUCGCAAGGGCGCUCAAGGCCAUUCUCAGCUUUCCCAGCUUCACGCGGCUCGGCGUCUUUUGGGACUUCGGCUCGCUGCACCAGCACCCCGACCCCGCCAACGGCGUCAUGCGCACCGAGGAGCAGAACGCGCUCUUCAAGCAGGGGCUGGGCUGCCUCGGCACGCUCUACUCCCACCCGAAGACAUGGGUGCUGCGGCUGACCUCCUUCCCGGACGGCCACAAGGCGGAGGACCAGGCCGAGGGCACCAACGUGGCCGAGUACUUUGACCGCGGCUGGUGCUUCACCGAGUCCAGCUGGGCGGGCCUGACAAAGGAAUACGACCUCUCGCUCGACCUCGGCAAGAUGCGCGACGGCAAGGAGUACGACUACGACAGCCUCCGAGAUGAUUGCAGAAAGGACGGCGGCCGGCGCCCUCCGCUGCUGCCGUCUGCGUUCGCGGCGGAGCUGGAGACGAAGAGCUUCACCAACGGCAAGGACGACAAACCGCUCGUGAAGCAGCUUUACAAGGCCGCCUUCGAGGAGCAGUUUGGCAAGGCGAUCGACCUGUUCUCCUACGCCUGCCUCGGCUGGGGCGACGCGGAGGCGGCGCAGGUGGCGGAGGUCCUCGCGAGCGGGGCAGCGCCGCGGCUCGAGAAGCUCUCUUUCGGCGACAACGAGAUUGGCGACGAGGGCUGCAAGGCGCUGGCCGCCGCCCUCGGCAAGGAGGGGGCAGCGCCGCGGCUCGACACUUGGGUGCUGCGGCUGACCUCCUUCCCGGACGGCCACAAGGCGGAGGACCAGGCCGAGGGCACCGACGUGGCCAAGUACUUUGACCGCGGCUGGUGCUUCACCGAGAGCGCCUGGGCGAGCCUGACAAAGGAAUACGACCUCUCGCUCGACCUCGGCUUGAUGCGCGACGGCAAGGAGUACGACUACGACAGCCUCCGAGAUGAUUGCAGAAAGGACGGCGGCCGGCGCCCUCCGCUGCUGCCGUCUGCGUUCGCGGCGGAGCUGGAGACGAAGAGCUUCACCAACGGCAAGGACGACAAACCGCUCGUGAAGCAGCUUUACAAGGCCGCCUUCGAGGAGCAGUUUGGCAAGGCGACCGACCUGUUCUACGCCUGCCUCGACUGGGGCGACGCGGAGGCGGCGCAGCUGGCGGAGGUCCUCGCGAGCGGGGCAGCGCCGCGGCUCGAGAAGCUCUCUUUCGGCGACAACGAGAUUGGCGACGAGGGCUGCAAGGCGCUGGCCGCCGCCCUCGGCAAGGAGGGGGCAGCGCCGCGGCUCGAGUUUCUCAAUCUCAACGGCAACAAGAUUGGCGACGAGGGCUGCAAGGCGCUGGCCGCCGCCCUCAAGGGUGGAUCGGGUCGGGACAGCACCUACGCGAUGAUGAAGUGCGUCGAGCACGGCCACGAGCUCGUCGCGCUUGGCAACCUCCACCCUCCCGCCGACGACGGCCGCGAGAUGGACUCGUUCAUGUACCAGACUGUCGGAUCGGAGCUGGUGCCGGCGCUGGCUGAAUGCCUCGAGCUUCCCCUCUUCCGUGCGCCGAUCACCGGCGACGCGGUCGACCAGCGCCUCAUCUACGAGCGGACGGACGGCGACGAGGUUGAGGACCUGUUGCGACUGCUCGAGGCGGCGCGAGCCGAGGUCGAGUUUGAGGCUGUGUGCUGCGGCGCGAUCCUGUCCAACUACCAGCGCACCCGAGUGGAGGACGUGUGCGAGCGGCUCGGCCUUGUCUCGCUCGCAUACCUGUGGCAGCGCAACCAGGCUGAGCUGCUCGCAGAGAUGGCAGAGGCGGGCGUCGAGGCGGUGCUGGUCAAGGUGGCCGCUCUCGGGCUGGGCGCCUCGCACCUGCACAGGUCGAUCCGCGAGCUCGCGCCGCUGUUUGGGCGCCUCGAGGGUCGGUUUGGGUUCCACGUCUGCGGCGAAGGCGGCGAGUACGAGACGCUCACCCUGGACUGCCCCCUCUUCCGCCGCCGGCUCGUGCUGCGUGGCGCCAGGCCGCUGGUCCACUCGGAGGACCCGUCGGGCAUGGCGCCCGUCGUACUGCUCGCGGCCGACGGCGUCGACAUCUGCGGCAAGGGGGAGGGCGAGUCCGCGCCGCCAACCGGCGCGGGCGCGCCGCGCGCGCCGUGGGCUGAGGCGCGGAGGGCGGCGGCGACAGAGGCGGAAGAGGAGCGGAACCGGGAGGAGGAGGGGGAGGAGGCGGCCUCCCUCGCCUCGCUCGCCGCCGCAGGCGCGGUCGCCUCCGCCCCCGCCGCCUCCGCCGCCGCCUCCGCCGCCGCCUCCGCCGCCGCCGCGGUGCCGAGGGAGUGGCUGCCGCUGCGUGCACCGCCCGCCGAUCCGUACCUCAGCGGUGGCGGCGGUGGCGGUGGCGGCGGUGGCGGUGGCGGCGGUGGCGGGUGGGCGCACGCCGCUUCGGCGGGCAUCUGCAGGCUCGUCUUUCCCCCGAGCAGCGCCGCCGCCGCCGCGUCGGGACCUUUCGCCGCAGAGGCUGGCGGCACGGCGGAGGGGAGGGCGGAGGCGGAGGCGAGGGCGGAGGCGGAGGCUGCGGUGGCGCAGCUGCGCGCAGCCGUCGCCGCACUUCCCGCGGCCUUGUCUGCGGCGGGGCGAUCCCUCUCAGAGGUGCUCUACGUCCGCCUGUACGUGUCGGACUUGGCACACUACCGAGCCCUCAACGUCGCGUACGCGAGUCUGAUGCGUUCGACGCCCGCAGCGCGCGCGUGCGUCCAGCUGCCGCUGCACGAGGCGGCCGCUGGCGCGCGCGUCGCCCUCGAGGUGCUUGCAGCGGCCCCGCCGAAGCGGCUGCUCCGGGUCUGCUCGCUCUCCGAGUGGGCACCGCGCAUGAUCGGGCCGUAUUGCCAGCUGACGGCCGCUGCCGGCGUCGGCAACGUCGCGGGCCAGCUCGGCCUCGUCCCUACCACGAUGGCGCUGGUCGAGGGGGGGGCGCUCGCGCAGGCACGGCUCGCGCUGCGCCACUCCGAGGCCGUCCUUUCAGGACUCGGCCUCGGCACUCGCCGCCCGCUCUCGCUCAUUGCGUAUGUGGUGCGCGAGAGCGACGUGGUGCAGGUGCACGCGGCGUGCCACGCGUGGCUGUGGCGGCGGUGCGGCGGCGGCGGGGCGCCGCUGCCGCCGCUGCUCGUGCUGCGCGUCGGCGCGCUGCCGAUGGGAGCACUGGUCGAGGUGCAGCUGGAGGCGGGCGAGGAGGGCGCGGGGGGGGAGGCGGUGCCGGCGCGGGCGGCGGAGUGGGAGGAGGAGGCGCAGAGCCUUACUUUCCGCUGCACCGCCGUCUCGGACCCGCUCCCCCCACGCCGAGAGCCGGACAGUGGAGACCCGGAGCUCAGCGGCGGUGGCCGCCGGAUCCUUCUGCAGUGCGUCGCGGAGCCGAAGGGCGACGCGCCUGCAGACCUCCGCCACCUCCCCGCGGCGGUCUCCUCCGCGAUGGCGGCGGCGUGCGCCCGGACCGCCGCCGCUGGGCCGGCGGCGCCGGGCUGCGGCGCGCCUGCCGACGCGUCGCCGCGGCUCGCCGGCGGCGCCUUCACGCGCUGCUUCUACGACGCGGACCUGCCCCUCUCCGCGCCCGCGCUCGAGCGCAGCUUGCUCGAUGGCAGCGGGAGCGCGGGCGCGGCCAUCGCCGUGCCGGUGGCGCGGGUGGGACACCGCGGCUCGCGGCUCGCGCUGCAGGUGACCGUCUACAAGAACGCGCUCGCCUUCGUCGAGCGCGCCGGCUCGCUCGGCGGCGAGACGGCCUCGUUUGGGCUCAGCGUGCCGAACGAAGUGCGCGAUCUCACAAUGGAGACGCUCGACGUCAGCGCCGGCUCAGCGAGCGUGAUCGUGAGCUACCCAGAUUCUGCACCGCGGGUGGGUACAGGAGGAGAGCCUCUCCACGAGUUUGCUCUCGGCAGCUCGCUCGGCGACUUCCUCGCCUCGGUGGUCGGGGCCGACUGCUCCCUCACCACGGGCGAUGAGGCGGCGUCGGCCAUUUCCGGGCGGCUCCUGCUGCUGGAAAAGGAGAAGCGGGCGGUGCCCGGGACGGAGGAGGCUGAGCUCGUUUGGUCCGAGCUCGUCGUGCUCGACCACGGCGGAUCGAUGGUUCGAGUGCGUUUCGACGUGCUGCGGUCAAUCUGCAUGCUCGACGACAGCUUGCAGCAGGACCUGCGCAAGGCGCUCGGCGCGAGGCUGAGUGCGCGCAAGCCGGCCGCACCCAAGAGGCACACGGACUUGACGCUCGUCGCGCGGGCGGCAGCAAGCGGGUCGGGUGGCGAGGCGGCGGGCUCGUUCGACGAGCUGCUCGUGUCGUACGCGCAGCCAGCAAAGGAGUGGCUCUGCCAGUACCGGCUCGAAGUGCCGCCGGAGCCGCUCGGCGCGGCGAUGGCCGAGGCCCGGCUUCGGCUGUUUGCCACCGUCUCCAACAUCGGGGAGGAGGAUUGGGAGGGCGUCGCGCUGUCGCUCGUGGCCAACGAGCUGCAGCUGCUGAAGAAGGAGAGCGGCGCGCGCAAGAGCGCCGCCGGCACUUUGUCCAAGGGCAAGCACAAGGCGUGGGGGCAGAUCUCAGACUCGGGCAACCUCUUCGUCAAGACGCUCACGGGCAAGACAAUCACGCUCGACGUCGAGUUCUCCGACUCGAUCGACAACAUCAAGGCCAAGAUCCAGGACAAGGAGGGCAUCCCGCCCGACCAGCAGCGCCUCAUCUUCGCGGGCAAGCAGCUCGAGGACGGCCGCACCCUCUCGGACUACAACAUCCAGAAGGAGUCGACGCUCCACCUGGUGCUGCGGCUGCGCGGCGGGCCGGCCUCUGGUGACCCUGUCAGCGACGGCUUCGAGAGCCUCGACGCGGUCGCUCUGAGCGGCCUCUCGGAGCACGUCAUCUACGAGGUGCCGCACGCUGUCACGGUGCGCGCCGGGGAGACGGCGUCGGUCGAGCUGGGCAGCCACGCGGUGCGCGGCGACCGCGUGCUCGUGUACGACCCGAAGGCGUCCGAGGUCUGCGCCACGCGCUGCAUCCAUCUGACCAACGACACCACUCGCGUCCUUGCCCCCGGCACCUGCUCGGUCUCGGAGGGCGGCCGGCUCGUCGCGCAGUGCCCGUUCACGCCGAUGCUGCCGGGCGACGAGCAGCUCAUCCCGUGGGGCGAAGACUCGACCGUCUCGGUGGAGCGCCGCGUCGACAAGGAGGCGGCGGUCGAGAAGGUGGAGCUGCACUGGCUGCGCGCCGAGCAGCAGCGCGCCGCAGAGAGCAGCGGCCGCCGCCGCCGCCUCGCGGGCUGCCGGCUCACGCACCGCGAGCACCUCACCACGAGCUACACGCUGCGCAAUAACGCACCGAGCGGGGCGCCCGUGACGCUAUACCUCGACCACUCGGCUGCUCCGGGCUGCGGCGGCUUCUCCGUGCUCACCGAGGGCGCCAUCAAGAAGACGACGGCAUUCUCUCGCUUCAAGUUCGUGCUGGCCCCGGGCGAGCAGCGCGAGUUCACCGUGCGCGAGACGGCAGCGCACUCGUCGUGCCGUACGACCGCGCGCCAGCUGCGCAUGCUGCUCGACUCGCAGCUCCGCGCGGCAGAUAGCGGCGUGAUGGCGGCCUCGACGCGCGCCUUGCUCGAGACGUUCAUCGCGCGAGAGGAGUGCGCGGCACUCCUCGACAAGGUCGAGCGCGACAGCGUCACGCCGCAAGAGCUCAAGCAGUGGCGCGAGGGCGCGCUCCUGCCGGCCGAGAUGCUGCAGCAGCUCGAGGAGCUGCUCGACCACAACCACUCGCGAGAGGAGGCGGGCCGCAAGGCUGCAGCGCACAACGCGCACAUCAACGACUGCUUCAAGAACCAGGAUCGGCUCCGCGAGAACAUCAAGUCACUCGAGAAGGUGGCGUCGUCCAAGCUGACGGAUCGCUACUUGAAGGACCUGGACAAGGAGGAGGAUGAGCUGAUCCAGGCGCGCCGCGCAAUUGCGAGCCUCGAGGAGAAGAGCCGGAGCCUGCAGUCCGCUAUCGCUGCGCUGCAGCUGGAGCUGAGCGCAGCUACGCGCAAGCUUCGGCUCGAGAGCCUCCCCGGAGAGAGUGAGGACGGCACGGAGACGGGGGCUGGCACGGACAGCGACGCCGCCGGAUGA